AUGGAUCCGUGCUCUUACGUACGUAUCAUCAUCGGCAAUUUGGCAGUUAGGUUCCCGGAACCAUCGUCGUCUUCUUCUUCGUCGUCGAAUUCUUCAUCGGGACAGUCUGUUUCCGACGUAUCAUCAGGCAAUUGCUACUGUAAAAUCAAAUUCAAGAGCUUCCCACGCCAAAUCGUCUCUGUUCCCGUUCUCUUCCGAACGGAAUCCGAAUCGGAGCCCCGAAGCUCCGGUAACGUCUCAAAGUUCGCAGCUUGCUUCACUCUAAGCAAAACCCAGACCGAGACGUCACUCAAAAAACCUAAAUGGAGCAUCCUCUCCAUCGAGAUUUACACUCGCGGCGGCGCGUCGUGCGGAUUCGUCGCGAAUUCCGGCGAGAAGCUGAUUGGUCGGUUCGAUGUUUCGCUUGAUUUGAAAUCGGCGGAGACAAAGACGUGUCUGGCUCAUAACGGCUGGGUUGAUUUGGGCACUAAGAAGACGAAGAACAAGCCCGGGUCGGAUCCGGAGCUCCACGUUAGCGUUCGGGUUGAACCCGACCCGAGAUAUGUAUUUCAAUUCGACGGCGAGCCCGAGUGUAGUCCUCAGAUUUUUCAGGUCCAAGGAAACACAAAACAAGCUGUCUUCACUUGCAAAUUCGGUUUCAGAAACUCCGGUGACCGGAAUCUUUGUCCCAGCUUAUCGUCGUCGUCGUUGAUCAAUGGAAAGGAGCAGACUUUGAAAGAGAGAAAAGGUUGGACGAUAACAAUCCAUGAUCUCUCCGGCUCACCAGUAGCAAUAGCUUCAAUGGUCACACCGUUUGUUCCAUCUCCCGGUUCUAACCGCGUGACUCGGUCUAACCCCGGCGCUUGGCUAAUCCUCCGACCUGACGGCUACACGAUGAAGCCGUGGGGUCGGCUCGAGGCGUGGCGUGAGCCAGGAAUCUCCUCCGACGUUCUCGGCUACCGUUUCGAGCUUUUUCAAGACGGUGUCGCUACUGCGAUCUCUGUUUCGUCGUCGAUCGGUACAAAAGUCGGCGGAAGUUUCGUCAUUGACGGAACGACGGCUGCUGCUGCUUCGUGUUUGACUAGCGCGGCGGGAAGUUUCGAUCUUUCGAGUGCCGGAUCAUCAAGAACGUGUUCAGGAACCGGGUCGGAUUUCGGGUUUCUUCUGCCCCAAGCGAAGCGGGAUUUAGGGUUUGUCAUGUCGGCGGUGGUGGGAGGAGUGGAGAAACAGAGCGAGCCUAAGGUGGAGGUAGGUGUGAAGCACGUGACAUGCACGGAGGAUGCGGCGGCGCACGUGGCACUUGCAGCGGCGGUGGAUCUUAGCAUGGAUGCUUGUAAGUUGUUCUCUCAUAAGCUGAGGAAAGAGUUGAGACGACAGCAGAGUUGUGUUGGUGUCGUCGUUUGA